AUGGAUGAAAAAUUAGUAGUUACCAUUUUAAAAUCUUUAGAGCUCGAAGAUUGGUCUAAUAUUCUUUUUGUAAUUGUAGUAUUUAUAUUUAUAGUUUAUAUUUUAUUAAGAUGGCUUCAAAAUAAUCAAAGUAGGCUUGAUAAGAUCCAAAAAGUUAUGGUAUCUUCUCAACCACUAACGACAUCUAAUAGCCUAGUAUUCGAUAAAGCUAAAGCUAAGGAAAUUCGAUUGAAGGAUAUGAUAAUUAAACAAAGAAUAAAUGCAAAAAGGGCAAGAGAAUCUCGGAGGGAAUUACUUAAAAAUAAAGAAAUGCUGCGCAAUAUAAAAGAAGAACUAUACAAAAAAAAAAAAGAUGAAAAACUUGUAGAAGAACUGAAGCAAAGAGAAAUAUUACUAAGAAAUAGGCAACAAGAAUAUGAGAAGUGGAAAAAAAGAAUUGUUAUUGAGAAUUCAGGUCAAGAUACAGAAGAUGAAGACCUAAAUAGUGAGUUAUUAUCACUAUCAAAUUUUAUAAAUUUAAUUAAAACAAAAAAAGUAAUCCAAUUGGAUGACUUAAGUAGCAAUUUUAAUAUUAAUAUAGAUGAUACUAUAAAUAGAAUACAAGAACUAGAGAAACAGAAUUUACUUGACGGAAUAUUCACAGAUUCAGGCAAAUAUAUUUAUAUUACUGAAACGGAAUGGCAAGAUCUUACAAAGGCUUUGGAAUCUAAAGGAAUUAUUGAGAAAUCUAGUUCUCUAGUGAGUAUAUGUAAUGAAGUAAUUAAUAUUGACAAAUAUACUACACAAAAUAUGGAUAAAUGA